AUGGCAGCCAUAUUCGAGGAGCACAUGGUGCUGGCGCACCUGGACCCCUUUGCACCCGUCAACAACAGCUUCGGCCUGAGGGAGAAGGUUUUCGAUUUUGGGACCAUCAUCGCCCGCCUGCCGGAGCCGGGCGCGUCGACGGGAGCUGCCUCAACGGCAGCCGCUGGCGGCGCCGCCGCGGUGCCGGGCGCGCCCAGGGCAGACGCGAAGGGCGGCCCUAAGCAGGCGGCUGGUGCCAGGGGAUCUGUCAAAGGCAAGGCUGCCGGCGGCGGCGGCGCAGCGGCGGCCGGAGAAGUGGCUGUGUCGGCUGAGCUGGUGUCAGCGCUGUCGCUCAAGCAGCGGGGCACGAUUGGCAGCACCGCGGCGGCGGCCGAGGAGCCCGCCGUCAAGGCCAACCUGAAAUUCACCAACCCAGUCAAGGUGCCUUGCACCGUGAACUUCACGGUGAAGCCGAGGGGCAGCUACCUGCCGGGCCAGGUCUUUCCUAUGGAGGUGCACCCCGCAAGCAUCACCAUCCCGCCCAAUGAAAGCAGGUAUGUCACGCUGCACUUCACGCCGCGAGCAAUCCAGGCGUACGCGGCCUCCUUCACUGCAGAGGUGGAGGGCGGCAGUGACCCCAGGACGCGCGCCUUCACCUGUGACCUGCGCGGGGAGGGCAGCCUGCCCAGCUUGGCGCUGCAGGAGCCGUCGGUGUUUGACUCUGCGGGCCGCCCUUGGCUCAAGUUUGGCCGCCUGAUGCGCGGCCACGCGGCGCCCCUGCUGGUCAACGUGCGCAACAACGGGGUGCUCCCGGUCAGCGCGCGGCUGGAGAUGGAGCGCCACGACGCGUUUACAGUAGUGGAGGGGCCGCAGGCCUUCUCAGUGGAGCCCAAAAAGGCGGCGACGUUCACGGUGCAGUUCGCGCCGCGCACUGCCGGGCUGUUUGCUCACGAGAUGGCGCUGCGCGUCAAAUCAAAUCCCUUUGAGCAGCACCGGCUGGCACUCACAGGGGAGUGUGUGCAGGAAGACUUGACAAUGGACGGCCUGCCGGGCGGCAGCCUGGACGAGCUGCAGUUGGGAGACGUGCGGUUGGCAACUCCUGCGAUUGCGUCCUUCUCGCUGACCAACCGCAGCGAGGGGAAGCACUUCAGGUUCAAGUGGCCUGAGAACCCCCACGUCAAAUUCAGCCCCGCUGUCGGCCACCUCCUGGCCGGGGCCACCAAGCGGGUGACGGCCACGUUCCUCAGCGCCGCGCCGCUGAAGCUGGACGGGCAGGAGCUGCGGCUCCAGGUGGCGCAGAUUCAAUACAAGGGCCAACCCGCCGAUUGGGAUGACGUCAUCGCGGCCACGGCUGCGGCCGUGGCGGCGGCUACUGCGGCGUCGGCGCCCAACGCCCCUGCGCCCACGACGCCACGGGGCGGUCCCGCGCCGGCUGCGAUGCGGAGCGGUGCGGGCGGCAAGGCGGGCGUGCGGGGGAGCGGGGCCAGCACGGCGGGCGGGGCUGGUGGUGCGGCGGCUGCGGCGGCGCUGCCGGGUGGGGAGCCGCUGCACGAUGUUGUCCCCAAGACGCAAAAGGAUCUGAUCCUGAAGGUCCACGUGGCCUGCGACAACGCGCGCUACGAGUGCGACGCGCCGCCCCGCCUGGCGUUCCGCCCGACCAUGAUGUUCCAGGCCCGCACCUUCGCCCUGCGCGUGACCAACACCGGGCUCACGCGCCUGGACUACGCCUGGCGGGUGGAGACGCCGCGGGGCGACGCCGACGCGUCAGGCGUGUACACUCUGUCCCCGGAGAGCGGCAGCAUCCCCGCCGGCUGCUCCCAGGAGGUCGCGCUGCGCUUCAGGCCGGUGGAGGUGGAGGACUGCGCGCGCGUGCUGGCCUGCGACAUCGCCGACCUCGACCCAUCGUGCUCGCCGCUCACGCGGCUGGUCGACGGGAAGGUGCUGCGGCCGUGGUGCCACUUCGAGCUGCCCGAGAGCGACUAUGUCAGCGCCGGCCGCCGCAACCCGGAGCUGCCCGGCCCCAGCGGCGCCAUCGAGCCGCUGGACCCCGCCACCAAGGUCUUGGAGUUUGAGUCGCUUGGAAUCCGAGUGCGCAACACCAAGCGCUUCUUCGUGCUCAACCCCACCUCCAUCAGCUACGAGUUCGCAUGGGCACCCGCGCCGGGCGCGGCCGUGCGUGCUGGGGCGGCGGCGGAUGGAGCAGUAAAGCAGGAGUCGCCGUUUGCAUGCGUGACGCGCAGGGGCGUCAUCGGUGGCGGCAGGCGCUAUGAGAUGGUGUUCGAAUACACCCCUGCUGACGACGCCCUCAGCGAGGCCUUCUGGACCUUCUCCAUCCCCUCCCAGUCCCUGACCGCCCCCUUCCUCCUCGUCGGCGCCGUCAGCGAGCCGCGGGUCACCUUCGACCGCCCCUCCCUCAACUUUGGACGCGUCCAGCUGGGCGUCCGAGGGAAGCUGCCGCUGGCCAUCGUCAACGACGAGGCGGUGCCGUUUGCGUUCGCGCUAUCCAAGGCGACGUACGACGCCGCGCCGGAGUUGCUUGCAGCAGCGGGGGGCGGCGGUGCGGUUGUGGAGUUCACUCCAGACAGCGGGACGCUGGACAUCACGGCGACCUUCGCCCCGCGGGCCGAGAAGGCCCUCAACUACAACGUCACCUGCCGCGUAGCCAGCAAGCCGACGCCCCUGUCCCUGAACGUCAAGGGCGAGGGCUACGCGCUGAGGGCGGCGCUGCUCCUGGAGGUGGCGGACGGCGCGCUGGUGGAGCUGGGGCCGCAGGGGGACAACGCGCUCGACUUUGGCCAGGUCAUCAUCAACGACCGGUCCGUGCGCGCGCUGCACCUGGUCAACUCGAGCGUCGUCAACUUUGACUACGCCUGGGACCUGGGCCCCAACCCGCGCCUGGCGGUGCGGCCGGAGCGCGGGGCUGUGCCGCAGGGGGAGCGGGUGGUGUUUGAGCUGGGCUACAGCCCACAUGCUCCCAACAGCCUCUCGGGCUACAAGAUCUCCUGCCAGGUGGUCAACGGCCCCAAGUACCAGCUGGUGCUGCAGGGCACUGGCUACCGCCCCCGCCUCAACCUCUCGUUCCACAGCCACGACUUUGGCCCCGUGCACGUGUGGCGCGAGGGGAUGGAGCCGGCGGUGGCGGUGCUGCGCGCGAAGAACGACGACGCGCAGCCGGUCAGCUUCGAGGUCCUGUGGGGCGACAAGGAGCACCUGUCGGUGGAUGUCGGCUCCGUGGUGCUGCUACCAGGAGAGACGCGCGACUUGUGUGUCACCUUCAGGCCCCGGGUGGCGGGCCCGUGCCGCGAGACGAUUCCCCUCAGGGUCAACGGGCUUUACACGGUCAACAUCGUCAUUGCGGGCGAGGGCGUGCUCCUGCGUGUGGAGCUGGCCGACCCCUCCCAGCGCACCCUGUCCUUCGGCGCCGUGCCCCGCGGCCAGUCCGCCAGCCGCCAGCUGGCCCUCGUCAACCGCGGCCGCGCGCCCGCGCUGCUCAGCCUGGGGCCGGCGCGGGAGCUGCUGGAGCGGCUGGGGAUCGAGGCGCUGCCGGCGGCGCCGGUGGUGCUGCGGCCGAGGGAGGAGGCGAGCGUCACGCUCUUCUACAGGCAAGCGCUUUUGGCGCAUCUGCAGUUGCCGACGCAGCGCAUGCGGCCGUUCAGCGAGGAGCUGGUGGGCGAGGCCGCCGGCGUGCCCCUCGCCCUCGCGACGCUCAAGGGCGCCUGCACCGCGGGCGAGCUUACGCUGGCGUCCGACAGCGUGCCGUUCGGCACGGUGGUGCUGGGCGGCCGCACCAGCAAGCGGCUGGCGCUGAGCAACACGGGCGACGUGGGCGUGCGCUUUGCUUGGGAUGCCAGGGCGCUGGCGCCGCACUUCUCCAUCGUGCCGUCUGAGGGAUUCCUGUCCCCGGGCCAGGACGUGAAGCUGGAGGUGGUGUUCCAGCCGGUGGCAGUGGACCCUGACAUUCGGGUGGAGCGCGCGCGGUGCAGGGUGGACGGCGCGCCUGACCUGGGGCUGACGCUGAACCUGACUGGCGCGUGCUGCGCCACCAGUGCCCAUCCGGACGCAGUCGUGUUCAGGUGCAACGUGCGGGGCAGCACCACCAAGGCGGUGACGCUGUCCAACCCCACAGGGGCGCCCUGGCAGCUGCGGCCCAUCAUCCAGAACGACUUCUGGACCGGGCCAGAGUUCCUCAGGCUCCACACUAGGGGCAUUUCAUAG